AAUGAGAAAAAAGGGGGAACAACUAAUUAACUAACAAAAAGCCUUAUGGCAUAAAACUAAGGAAUAUACACGCUUCAAUCAUUAUCCGAAGUCAUAUUUCACCCAAGAUAGCUAGGUAACAGUGGACAGGAUGUAGAAGGGAGGAUGCAAAAUGUGUAAUGGGGGAGGAGGCGGCAUUAUGUGUCCCAUGCCCCCCACGACCCUCGGUGCCGCCUCUACAUAACAACAAGGAGUGAAAUUACCUCAUCAUCUAUCUUCCCCUUUAGCAUCUCGACUACAGCGCCUAAGGUCACUUUGUAGCAAACAGCAUGCAGUCGAGCCCGCAUCCUUCCCAUUCCAUACGGGCAAGCAUUCGUAUAGCUAGAGAGAAAGAGAGAGAGAGAAGCAGUGAGCAACAGGGAGGGCAACGGAGGAGGAGUUGUGUGUGUUAACUUAUAGAAGGGCACUUGUACUGUAGACAGCAUGGCUAGGAGACGGUAGUGCUAUCAAGUAGCUUAGAGAUCGGAGAUUGAGAACCUUUCAUUUUUUCUUCUAUUCUACGAUCUUGUACAUGUCGGAAUCACAGGAGACUUAGACAGUCGAGUUGUUAUCAUCAAGAAUGGUCGAGUUACACCCGGCAAUUGAGCUGCCGCUAGCUGCGGAUGAGCUAGAGGAGCUAGCAGGGGACAUGAAGGAUCGGGCCUAUGCCAUGGGGGUGUUGAUCCGCCCCUCCAAGCUCCAGACAGUACAUGGACCCCUUACGCUGCUCCCGUCCACCUUUCCGAGGGACCUCUUCCACAAGGCCAUGGAGUUACAGGCCGAUAUCAAUCUACUUAUGCUGGGAAUAAGCAAAGACGAUGCCUUCCUUUAUUCAGCACUUAAAAGUGUUGUCCCAGUUGACGAGUUCACAAGACGUCUGUAUGAGAUGCACUUACAAGUAAAGAAAGAAGGAAACAUCAAGCCAGUGAACCUUUGCAUCAAUCGGACGGAUUACAUGCUAGACUGCUGUAAGGAGAUUAAUGAUGGUCCUGAUCUUGAUCUGUCUAUGGUAGAGAUUAACACCAUAGCAGCAGGGUGUCCGGCUCUCAGUACCAGAUUAGUAGAUGUACACAGAUAUAGUUUAGAGCAGCUUGGUAUGAACAGAGAGAAGGUGUUAGACCGUGUACCAGGCAACUACGGGAUGGAAGGGGUCGCAGAUGGGAUGGUGACGACAUGGAGAUUAUACGGUGAACCCAAAGCAGUCAUUGUAUUCAUUGUGACAUCGGAAGAAAGCAACAAAUUUGAUCAGAGGUGGAUGGAGUAUGGUAUCAAGGCAAUGGAUGAUGGGGCGAAGGUCAUUAGAAGGACACUCACAGAGAUAGGCGAACGAGCCGAGCUUCGGGGAAACGAUAGACGAUUGUUCAUAGACGAUAUGGAGGUCGCGCUACUUUACUAUAGAACGGGAUACUCACCACGUCAAUAUCCAACAGAAGUGGAGUGGAAUGCCAGGUUAAUGGGCGAGAGAUCACGGGCGGCCGUGUGUCCGUCAGUGGCCAUGCAGCUAGCCGGGACCAAAAAGAUUCAGCAAGUACUCUACGAGCUUGGCUCUAUCGAACUCUUCAUCAAAGGAAAGAAAAGAGUCAAUGAUUUACGAAGCAUAUUCACUGGACACUACACUCUAGAUCUUACACCUGCUGGUGACGAGGCUGCAGAGAAAGCCAUUGCUAACCCGAUGAAGUAUGUUAUGAAACCACAAAGAGAAGGAGGAGGCAAUAAUCUGUUCGGGGAGAAGAUGAAGGAUGCAUUGGAGAAACUUCGAGGAUCACCGGAGAGGGCGGCCUAUAUGCUGAUGGACAGGUUCAACUCUCCCGUCAAUCAUAACUAUUGUAUGAAGUACGGGAGCGCUGAUCUAGAACUCAUGACUGUGGCCAGUGAGUUCGGUCCCUUCGGAACGUUAGUAAGUUACAACGACGAAGUAGUGUUCAACAAGACAACAGGCUAUCUCUACCGUACGAAAGACAUCCAGUUGGAUGAGGGAGGUUUGAUGGUGGGUACAGGAUUCCUGGACACACCCUAUCUAUCAUCUGCAGAAGUCAUCUGCCCCACAGCAACCCAAAAUGGCUUCCAUUAACUGACAAACCUCCGGGACUAUAUUCUACAACGUAAAAACCUAACGCGGGGCUGAUCUUAAUUCGAAAAGGGUACAGUUCACUAAAAAUGUGUGUGUUUAAUUGGUCGUUUUGAAAUCUGCCAGUGAGGGUUGUCUUAUCAGGUCAUACGCCGUUAUUUCUAAGGCUUAGCAGACGUUUUAUAAAGAGAAGCUUCUUGACAUUAUUUUAAAAGUAGGGGAUAUAAUUGGAGAGCUCCCUUGAAAAUUCUAUUUAAUGAAUGUCUAUGAUUCUCCUCACUUUCUCUGCAGGAAAAAAGGUACCCUGUCUUUUGUGGAAUUUUUAAACGAUUAUAUUAUACGAUUUCAAUUAUAAUAAUUCAUCAGAAUAUUUCAAAAUUUACAAAUGUAUAUUGUUUGGGUUUAAGAAAAGUCAAAUGAGAAUUUAGUGAAAGUAAUAACAUAGACCUAUGGCUUAAGUUGUACCUUUCGUUAAUUCAAAUCAGAAAUGGCUUUAUUAAGGGGGUGAGUGAAGAAGAAUAUGACAACCGUCGAUUGUUUCCGUUAAUAAGAGAUCCU